CCGCUCACGCUCAUUUGCUGCUUUGCAAAGAUGGCGUGGAGGUGCGCUGUGUCGAAUUUGCGAGUGGUGGCUUCUCUCUGCUUGCACACCCCGGUGCCCUGGCAGCCUUUGCACAGGACGGUACGGAUCGUCUGGCCACGGCGGAACCUGUGCGUCGGCCGACCGGCCCUCACCGGUGCGUCUGCCUUUCUUUUUGGGACUGCUCGCAAGUUUACAGACAAGCAUGAAUGGGUGACAGUUGAAAAUGGAAUUGGUACAGUGGGCAUCAGCAAUUAUGCUCAGGAAGCAUUAGGAGAUGUUGUAUAUUGUGGAUUGCCAGAGAUAGGCACGAAGUUGAACCAAUCGGAUGAAUUUGGUGCUCUGGAAAGUGUGAAAGCUGCUAGUGAAUUGUAUUCACCCCUGACUGGAGAAGUAACUGAUACAAAUAAGGCUCUUACUGACAAUCCAGGACUAGUCAAUAAAUCUUGCUAUGGAGAAGGUUGGCUUAUUAAAAUGACAAUUGAUAAUCCUGCUGAAAUUGAUGAGUUGAUGGAUGAAGAGGGCUAUGAGAAAUUCCUAAAGUCCAUUGAAGAUUAAGUCAUUCUUCAUUCUUAGCAAUGAAAACAAAUGCUCGUCUUUUCCUGUGUAUUUUAGCAAUGAAGGUGGUGGGUUGUGUACCAAGACUCCUGGCUCGAGAAACAACAGUAAUUUAUAAGGAGUGCAGUUCCAUAUGAUCCUUUUAAAUUUUCAUAAUGGAAAAAGUUGGUUUUAUAGUAUCUCAGCAAUUGAAAGAUGAGCAAUAUAUUGGCCAUAAAUUUAACCAAUCAACAGUAGAUUGUAAUUAACUUCAAUUUUUUAUUUGAUACAAUGGAACUAGUCAAUAAUGUAUAAAACUGGUCAUAUGGCACUGAAAUCAUGACAAGGUCUUUUUGUGACCAAGUAUAUUACAGCUAUGUUGUGAAUUUUGUUUGUUUUUUUAUUUUCAGGUUAUUUUGUUCUCUGGAAAGCCAUGAUGUUCACUUUUUAAAUGGCUUCAAUUGUAGCUAUUUUUUUACAGAUCAAUCCAGAAUUUAAUGGGGGUGGUUAAUUGGUAAUAAAACUCAUAACUGGAAAACCCCACAGCUGUUGUAUUUUGUUGUUCUACCUCCAUUGUACGGUGAAUAUGAAGUCUGUACUUGUUCAUUUUAUCAUGGUAAAUGUUCUUGUUUCAAUCAGUUUUUACAAUGUAGUUCAUACUUGUAAAGCACCCGUACAAACAUCUGUCAUUCUGAGAUUGCAAGUGAUUGAAGCAAAUAAUAGAAGCAACACAGUAAUAUUCAGGGGCAAUUAUUAUAUGUACUUCAGUCUUUAUUGUGAUUUGUACAUUUCCACCACGUUUCCAUAUUUCUAUUUAGGAUUUAUGCUUCUCAUUUAAAGUGCCAAAUAAGUUGUUCUUGCUGCAGGAUUUAUUCCAGCAUGAAGGAUAGGACUACUCAUAUUGCAAAAAUGAUUUUGUAGACUAAGUAUAGUUGGCCAUAAUCUAUCUUGGCAUUAAUAAUAGUUUGAAUUUUAUUUGGGGGUGGUGGGGUGGAAGGAUAUGGGUGUGUACGAAUAAGUCAUAAUUUAAACGUAAUUUUCACUAGCAGUUCUUUUUCUAUGCAUGUAGACAAUUUCUGAAACAAGAGUCCAAGCAGAGAUAAAUUCAGUAGGGUUAGGGUAUGCCAGCUGCCUAACAUUUUGUGGGAGUUGCAUUAAUUUCUAGUGAGACGUUCAGGGGUAUUGUGAACAAAAAGUCUGUGUGAGCAAUGACAACAUGUUUGGUUAAUAAAAAAAACGUAUUUGCAAAGAGGCAAAGCAUUCUGUUUGAAAUGGAAAUUGUAUAUUCUAAACUGCAUGUCCAUCUACAUACUGAAUUGUUGCUUUUUACCUCAACUUUUUGGACCAAAUACUGAUUACAAUACGUAGAAACUGAAUGUAUUGUAAGAUUAUCAAUGUUCCCUUCAGCAGAGGAAUCUUAAAGAAUCUACACAACAUUCUCAAAUCUGUAACCCCUGUUGCUCGUCAGAUAAAGUUCUUAAGAUAAUUUGUUAAUUAGAUUGAUACCAAGUAAACUGUCUAAAUUAAAAUGAUACAUCUGUAGAUUGUCCAGUAAUGUUUUGGGUUAUUUUAAGAAAACCUACAAGGCUUCAAGAAAAUGUUUCCAUUAAUUUUUCAUGGAGUGUAACCCCUAAACAGUCAUAUUGAAAUACCACACUAAUAAAACUGAUAGAAGGAAA